AUGUCACAGACAUUGUUGCUGGGGAAGGACGUGCCAUUAAGAACUACAAACUCUAUCAUUUUGUGGUUGGGCUCCGAUCCUACAUAUCAAAAGGUGCUAUCAUCGAGGAUACAUUACUUAUGGGUGCUUACUAUUAUGAGACUGACGCGGAAAAGAGGUUCUUGGCUUCCAAGUGAAACAUCCCUAUUGGCGUUGGCAAGAACUCCCACAUUAGGACGGCAAUCAUCGACAAGAACGCUAGAAUUGAUCACCAUCCCCUCCUCCCAGCUUGCAAAAAGCUAG